AUGGCCGGACCACAGGAAAGAAGAAAGCCCUUUAGGGGCAAGAAAUUUCAUAAAGAUCUACGGGAAUAUAAAAAUCAGGAGAUCAAAAGAUCUCUUGUUCAUAGAGCACGAUUAAGAAAGCUGUAUUUCAAGCUCCUUGAGAAGGAGGGAGAAGCUAAUUCUAGGGAUGCAAAAGGACACAAAGAAGCUGCAUCAUCGGACGAAAGUCCUAAUAGUGAUAGCGAGAGUUCGGCGAGUGAAGGCGAGAAUUCUGAAAGUGAAGACGAGGAUGAGAUUAGCCAGAGCUCUUCCGUGAAGCAACGGGCUCCUUUACCACCCCAAAGACCACCAAAGAAGGAGGCAGCGAAAAAAAGACCGAUGGACUUUCUCGAGAGAGCUAAGUUGGCGAAAGAAAGAAAGGAACAGCAAAAAGAAGAGAAGCUAAGGCGUAUACAAGAAAAGAGGCGGAUGAUAGAGCAGAAACAGAAAGAGCGAGAAAAAAGAAAAGAAAGUCUUUCCAAGAAAACGAGGACUGGUCAACCAGUCAUGGGACCGAAAAUAAGUAAUUUACUUGAAAAGAUCAGAAACAAUCAGUAA